UUUUUGGUUGAAAUUCGACCGACAUUAAUUUUAGAACAAACGGUUAUAAACACCUGUAGACACGCAGUCCACGACUUUUUUUGAAUGGAUAAAAUAAAAUGUUUGAAUAGAAAUAAUCAAAGAAACAAGGCAUGGCUAUAGAAAGUAAAAGUAAUCUCAUUUAUAACUUGAGUAGCACGAUAUUUCAUUUUAUCAGUAGUAGCGUAUGUCUUUAAUUUCGUCAAUGGUUAAAGAAGUCCUGAAAUAUGUCAUCUCAUACAAGAAACCUCCCUCUCAGAUUUGAGUUUGAUUGGGUUUUUAGUAUUUACAUUGAUUUAGGAAGGAGAAACACUAUUUUUAAGAAGAAAAUAAAAAGGAGGAUUAAACCUAUUCAAUACUUGAAGCUAUUGAAGGCGUGGAAAUUGCCUUGUCCUUUCCUAUGAAAGACUUUUCCACGAAGCAUGUGACAUUUACAAAAGGCUGCUACCCGAUCACGUUUCUAUGUUUUUCUCUAUAUAAGUAAGGACUGCUUCUAUGAACACCAUGAAUGAAACUCUUUCUUGGUGCUGCCUAUUAUCUUUCGUACUUUCGUCAGCACAAGUAUAAUAAACUAUGUCAAUCGUCACUGGUUCAGCUAUUCAUUGUGGGAAACUGCUCUUCGAAUACACUAGAGCCCAAAAACGAUGGCGCAUGGCUUACAAAGCCAUUUAUUUUGUUCGGAUCAUGCUCUCGCUUCCCAAACAUGUCAUUGUGUCCGAAAUAAGCAUCUACAAAAAUUGUUCCGAGACCUUGCUCUCACCUUCCAAAACUCCAAACACCAACUACACCUCUACUACCACUACCACUACUACAAACCAUGAAGUCAAUAAAGCCUCCAAAGUCAGUUUAGUCCCCGACGUUGAUUAUAAACUCAUCAUGGAGAUUGUCAAGGAGAAAGACUUGGUAAAUCUACGCGUGCAUGGAGGCAUUGAAACAAUUGCCAUCUCGCUUGGGACUGACCCUGAGAAUGGAAUCCAUGAAAAAGAAGAAGACAUUGAGAAACGACGUCAAGUUUUUGGUUCAAAUACUUAUCACAAGCCUCCUCCUAAAGGGUUAUUUUACUUUGUGGUGGACGCGUUGAAGGACACCACCAUUUUAAUCCUUAUGGUCUGUGCUGCUCUGGCUCUCGGCUUUGGAAUCAAAGAACACGGCGGAAAGGAAGGCUGGUAUGAAGGCGGGAGUAUCUUCAUUGCUGUGGUGCUUGUUAUUGUCGGCUCAGCUCUUAGCAACUACAGACAAGAGACUCAAUUCGAUAAGCUAUCUAAGAUAAGCGACAACAUCAAGAUUGAAGUCGUAAGAGGUGGCAGGCGACAAGAAAUUUCCAUCUUCCAUAUUGUAGUUGGAGAUGUUGUUUUGCUUAACAUAGGAGAUCAGAUUCCAGCUGACGGGUUGUUCUUAAGUGGACACUCAUUGCUAGUUGAUGAGUCAAGCAUGACAGGCGAAAGCGACCACAUUGAGAUUGAUUCAGUCAAGCAUCCUUUCUUGUUCUCCGGCUCCAAAGUUGCUGAUGGCUAUGGAACGAUGCUGGUGAUCUCCGUCGGGAUGAACACGACGUGGGGGGAGAUGAUGAGCUCCAUAACCCGAGAUACAAACGAGAGAACACCGUUACAAGCUAGACUCGACAAACUAACUUCUUCAAUUGGAAAGGUAGGACUUACAGUUGCCUCUCUGGUCCUUGUAGUUAUGUUAGUACGUUAUUUUACGGGUAAUACUAAAAAUGAAUUCGGAAAUAAAGAGUACAUCAAAGGUAGGACAGAUGUAGACAAUGUUUUAAACGCAGUUGUUCGUAUAGUGGCAGCCGCAGUCACGAUUGUGGUGGUGGCUAUCCCUGAGGGAUUACCACUGGCCGUGACAUUAACUCUGGCUUACUCUAUGAAGAGAAUGAUGGCCGAUCAAGCUAUGGUUAGAAAACUAUCAGCUUGUGAAACUAUGGGCUCCGCAACUAUUAUUUGUACUGACAAAACUGGUACUUUAACGUUAAACCAAAUGAAAGUUACUAAAUUUUGGCUUGGUCAAGAACAAAUCAAUGAAGAAGAUGAUUCAAAUUCAAUUUCAACAAGUGUACGUGAACUAUUCUACCAAGGUGUUGGUCUGAACACUACAGGUACUGUUUACAAACCCGAUGGUCAAUCUAGUAAUGCUCAACUUGAAUUUUCUGGUAGCCCAACUGAGAAAGCUAUAUUAUCUUGGGCUGUUUUAAAUCUGGGUAUGAAUAUUGAAACGUUAAAGCAUGAUUAUGAAAUAUUACAUGUUGAAACGUUUAACUCAGAUAAGAAACGAAGUGGGGUUAUGUUAAAAAAAAUCAUAAACGACACUAAUAAGAUUUAUGUUCACUGGAAAGGAGCUGCUGAGAUGGUUUUAGCAAUGUGCUCGAGUUAUUACGAUAGUAAUGGAGAUAAGAAGUCAUUAGAUGAAGAAGUGAAGAAAAAGUUUGAGAAAAUAAUUGAAGGGAUGGCAGCUAGCAGCCUCAGAUGUAUUGCCUUUGCCCAAUGUGAAGUUUCAGAAGACGAGAUUGAGUAUGUCGACGAUCAAGAGAAGACACAUCGAAGGCUCAAAGAAGACAAGUUGACCUUACUUGGAAUAGUUGGACUUAAAGACCCAUGUAGACCGGGUGUGAAGAAAGCUGUGGAAGCUUGCAGAUAUGCAGGAGUGGCUAUUAAGAUGAUCACAGGAGACAAUGUUUUCACGGCCAAAGCUAUAGCUGCGGAGUGUGGAAUUCUAGAGGCAGCCACUGGUGAUGAAGUUACCGAGGGACAAGUGGUAGAAGGUAUUGAGUUCCGAAACUACACACUUGAAGACAGAAUGAAGAAAAUUGACAACAUUCGAGUAAUGGCAAGGUCAUCCCCGUUUGACAAGCUCUUGAUGGUUCAAUGCCUGAAAGCAAAAGGCCAUGUGGUUGCAGUCACUGGAGACGGAACAAAUGAUGCGCCCGCUUUGAAAGAAGCCGAUAUAGGACUUUCUAUGGGGAUCCAAGGUACUGAAGUGGCUAAGGAGAGCUCAGACAUUGUCAUCUUAGAUGACAACUUCGCCUCAGUGGUCACAGUCUUGAGGUGGGGAAGAUGUGUAUACAACAACAUACAAAAAUUUAUUCAGUUUCAGCUUACUGUCAACGUAGCAGCACUUGUUAUCAACUUCAUAGCAGCAGUUUCUGCUGGAGAAGUCCCUCUAACGGCGGUUCAACUCUUGUGGGUGAAUUUGAUCAUGGACACGCUUGGAGCUCUGGCACUCGCCACUGAACGGCCAAGCAAUGAGCUCAUGAAGAAAAGGCCAGUGGGUCGAACAGCGCCUCUAAUAACAAACAUCAUGUGGAGAAACCUCUUGGCUCAAUCUUUGUACCAAAUUGCCAUUCUUUUGUUCUUACAAUUCAAUGGUGAGUCCAUCUUUCAUGUCUCUAAGGAAGUAAACGACACCUUGAUAUUCAAUACUUUUGUGCUUUGUCAAGUCUUUAAUGAGUUCAAUUCAAGGAGUAUGGAGAAGAAGAAUGUGUUCAAAGGUGUCCAUAGGAACAAACUUUUCAUGGGAAUCAUUGGGUUUACUAUUGUCCUUCAAGUGGUGAUGGUGGAGUUUCUAAAGAAGUUUGCUGACACCACAAACCUGAAUUGGUGGCAAUGGUUGGGUUGCAUUGCAAUAGCGGCUGUGAGUUGGCCAAUUGGUUGGUUUGUGAAGUCCAUUCCGGUUUCAAAUGAACCGCUCCUUGAUUAUCUAAGAAGGGUAUUCAAGUUUAAAAGAAUCACGAAGAUUUUUCAUAGAACGGAAAAUUCUACCUCCAGACUUGGGAGACUUGGGAUUGGGUGUGGAAAAUGUUAAUUUAAGGAGUUUGAAAGGGUCGUCAGCUAUUUAUUUAUUGCGUAUUAUUAUUACAUUUGGAUUUAGGAUUUUAUAUAUGGCUUAUUAUUAUUACAUUCGGAUUUAGGAGGGAAAAAAAUUGAUAAACUUGUAAGUGUCUUAUUUUUGUAUAUUGGCAAAAUUAUCUUUUCAGUGUUAUUUUUGGUUUCUGCA